AUGGAGAAGACCAUCCACUACCAUGCACCACAGAAGGGGCUACAGAAUACCCCACUUUGGACGCCCCCCAAAGCGCUAGCUCGUCACGGAGAUCGAAAACCAGAUCGCAAACAUGAAAGUUACCCUAAAGAUCCUUAUAAAAAUCAAAAUUUUGACGGAAAACUAACCAAGAGUGGCAAGAAAAGAGAACUUGAUUUAGGAAAAUUUCUUCGUACUAAAUACGAUGCAUUUUUGGGACCUAAAUACAUCCCAGGAUCUAUAGAAGCUAGAAGUACAGAUGUCAAUCGUACAAAAGAAUCUCUGCACUUGAUUUUGAAGGGGUUGAUGCCGAACGCGGUGGUACCUACAGAAUGUGUUGCUGAAUUAAAAGAUACCCUGCUUUUACCUGAAAUGUGUCCUGGAUACUUAAUGAAGUACGAGGCAGCAAAGAGAGAUACAAAGGAAGAGUUGCAAAAGUUAAAAGGAUUCAUGGAAAAAUUGAGUGAGUGGACAGGCAAAGAUAUAAAAUCGUCGCUUGAUAUGUAUCUUAUCUACACGACUUUGGAAGCUGAAAAGUUUAUGAAUCUUAAAUUGCCAUCUUGGACUAAGGGUGUUUAUCCAGAUGGUGAUCUUCUUAAUGGAACUCUUUUGGAAUUUGAUAGAAUGAAUCAUAGUAAAAGUAUGAAAAGACGAAACGGAGGCAGGAUGAUCAAAAAAUUCAUAGAAGAAAUGGACUCUGUAGAAGUUGGUUUGAUGGAUAAAAACCGAAAGAUGAUCAUUUAUGGCGCUCAUGAUCUUAAUAUUGUUGCAGUUCUCAAGGCCUUGGAUGUUUUUUUUCCACAUGUACCCAAAUUUUCCAGUGCUGUAAUUGUAGAAUUACAUCGUAUGGAUGAACAUCAUGGAGAUUAUUAUGUAAAGGUAUGA